AUGAAUCAUUCAUUACAUGCAUUAAAAGACACUUUAUCAUUAAAUGAAGGUCAACCAUUAAUUCGACCCAUUACUGAAGUUGCUACAUUAAUGAAAGAAAAUAUUCAACCUGCUAAAAAUCACUUGUAUUUAUUAAUAAAUACGAGUAAGAAUAUGGGCGAAACUUCACGCAAUCGAUCAUGUAUGAGCAUCUUCAAACCUCAAAAUGGAUAUCCAAUUGAACGAAAAGUAACCGAUGCUUCAGGUCGUUUAGGUUCACUUUAUGAUGCUUCCACAGAUAAUUUAGUUGAUCGACAUUCUUCUCGAAGAAUUAAAAUAAAAACACCACGUCAACGUUCUAUGUGUCGAUUGUUUUCAGGUGAUCAAUCAAGAGAACUCAGUAGUUUUCUAAGAAAUAUCGAUUUUGAUUCUGCACUUCGACAAAGUAUUACUCUUCAAAUGGUUAUACCAUCAGGCGUUGGCCGUCUUAUUGAAUAUAAUCAACCUAUUAAUGAUAAAACUCGUUUUCUAUAUUAUGCUUAUAAUGGUCGAAAAGAAAAAUUAAAUGUUAAAGCUCGAAAAGCUGAUCGAGUUGUUGGAGCACCAAUAAAUUCAACGGAAGCAACUCAUAUGAUAACGAAAAUUUUAUGGGGUAUUGAAAUUUUAUGUGUUAUACAAAUUCCAAAUAAUCAAUCUGUUAAUGUAAUUGAUCAAUUACUUAAUAAUAUUUGUCAUCAACUUAAAAAUAAUCAAAUUCCAAUUCGACUUAGUGAUGCUGAUAGACGUCUUAUUAAUCAAUUGACUACUGUCACUAUAUUUGGAUCUGAAACAUGUAUCGAUCCAUCGAAUACAUCAAUAUUAGCUGUUCUUAAUAGAAUACAACAUUGGCAAACAAAUACAAAUUUUCAUCAACCACUUUUAUAUACGAUGCAACCAUUAAGAUGGCUUUAUAAUAGUCCACAAUUUUCAAAUCCAUGUUCCUUACCCAAUCCAACUGAUCCUCAUAUUGCACGUAUUGAAAUGAUAAUUAAUCGUAUAAAAAAUCAGAUAAAAGAUCUUUCAACAAUGAUUCAUAAUUUUCCAACAAAUUUUUCAAGUCCAACACUUGAUCAACGUUUAAAAGAUGUUCAACAACGAUAUCGUUUUUUAUUAGAUUCACAAGAUAAUCUUCAAGAACGUCUUCGAAGAGCACUUCCAGAUGUUCGUCGACAACGCGUUAAAUUAACAGUAUUAGAUAAUAUUAUUGCAGAUCAAUGUUAUGAAUGUUUACGUAAAAUUGAAAUAGAUAAAUUUCGAACUAAUGUUGAACGAUUAUUUAAUAAAUCGAUAUUAAUUAAAAAAUUAAAAAAUAAUCUUAUUGAAUAUAUCAAUGCAUUUGAUAUACGUUCUAAUCAAACAGUACCAACAACAAUUAAGGAUAUUGAUAGUAUACUUAAACAACUUUAUUCUAAUGGACAUGUUCCUAUCAUUUUUUGGUAUUCAAGUGAUCGUUUAGAACGUAUACAACAUGAUAGAUGGGAAGAAAUUUAUCAAGAAUUAAUUUCAGAACGUCAACAAACAACACAACGAAUAAGUUUAAUCUAUGUUGAUUUCACUUAUUUUGAACAAAGAUUAGAAAGUUCUUGGAUUGUACGAAUACCAUUGACAGGAACACCUGAAACUCAUAUUGAUCCAAUACCAGAUAUAGAACAUCAGCCAUCACUUACUAAACGAUCUCCAUCACCUACAAAAAAUAGAUCAAAAUCGGCACCUUUACAAACAACAAUACAGUCUCCACCUCCCAUAAUACCACCUAGAUCUCAAACACCAACAUUUGUACCUUCAACACCAUUAUCUAGACCUCUAACACCACCAUCGAUAAUUCCAACACCACCACCUAGAUCUCGAUCACCGAUCGACAUUAACGUACUACUCUUAGGAGAAACAGGUGUUGGAAAAUCUACAUUUAUUAAUGCAUUUGUUAACUAUUUAAAAUUUGAUAAUCUUCAACAAGCUGAACGUGGUGAACCAGUUGUAUUAAUUCCAGUUUCAUUUCUUAUAACAAUUGGUAAUCAAUUCGAAGAAUUUAUUGUUGAAUUUGGUAAAGCUGAUACAAAUGAAAAUUAUGAACAUGAAGGUCAAUCAGUAACACAACAAUGUAAAUCAUAUGUAUUUGAUUUAAAUGAUAGAUUACGUUUACGUUUAAUUGAUACACCUGGUAUUGGUGAUACACGAGGUAUUAAUCAAGAUAUUAAAAAUAUUGAUCAUAUAUUAAAUUAUAUUAAUAAUUUAUCUCAUUUAAAUGCUGUUUGUUUUUUACUUAAACCAAAUGAUUCACGUUUAAAUAUAUUUUUUCGUUCAUGUAUUAAACAAUUAUUAACUUAUUUAACACCAAUUGGUUAUAAAAAUAUUAUUUUUUGUUUUACAAAUUCUCGUGCAACAUUUUAUGCACCAGGUGAUACUGGUCCAUUACUUCGUAAAAUGCUUAAUGAUGAACAUCUUAAUGAUAUACCAUUUAAAAAAGAAAAUACAUUUUGUUUUGAUAGUGAAUCAUUUCGUUAUUUAGCUGCAAAAAAAUGUAAUAUUGAUUUUGAUGAUUAUCAAAAACAAGAAUAUAUUAGUAGUUGGAAUACAUCAGUUAAAGAAUCUAUACGUUUACUGAAUUUUAUUCAAACAUGUGAACCAUAUUAUUUAGAAGAAUGGAUAUCUCCAAGAAGAGUUACACUUGAUAUAUCUAUGCUUGCACGACCACUUAUGGAAACAUUACGUUUAAUAAUUUAUAAUUCAAAAAUAAAUGAAGCUAAAUUAAGUGCUAAUCAAAUGGCAUUAAACUCAAAUUCAGUUAAUAUUGAUAUGUGUACACAUUGUGCACAAAUUAAUGUUGUUGAUAUAGGUCCAUUUUGGUUAAUUCAAUAUAAACAACCUAUUUUAAAAACUGAUAAAAAUCAACAUUAUCGUUGUCCAAAAAAUGGAAGACAUUUUUCAAUUGAAUCUAUAGUAACAUAUGAAUUUGUUGCACAACCAGCAGGUCUUAAAAAUGAACGAUGGCAAAGUUCUUUUCGUAAUUUUCUAUAUAAAUGUGAUAGACUUCAUCAUUUCUUACGACAACAAGGACCAUCAGUUGAUGAUGAUCCAUUUUUACCUAUAAUUGAACGAUAUCUUGAUGAAGAACAAGAAAUUUCUCAGAUUUGUAAUAUAAAUUCAAAUAUGAAUACACGAGUACAUGAAGUAUUAAAUACAAUAAAAAAAAUUCGUCAAGAAAAUAGUCAACAAUUAUUUGGAUCAAAUGAAAGACUUUCACUUAAUCAAGUCUAUCAAAUAAUUAAUGAAUUAAUAGCUAUACCAACAGUUAAAAAACAAGUUGAUAGUAUUAAGAGAAGUCGUCAAUUAAAAAUGCAAGAAAAUGAAUGUAUUAUACCAACAAAUUCAAUCAAAAACAGAAUAUUUGUUUGA